AAGCGUAUGGAAGUUGGGGAAGUGUUUGACAAUAUAAAAAGCGCCUAAUUGUAUAUUUGUAUGUAUCAUAUCGCUUACAAUUUACACAAACUUUCUCCUGUUAGUAAUGGCGAAGCUGUUAGCCUUAGGUUGCUGGCGAAACCUCUCGCCGCGACCACACUAUCCGUCCAUGCCCAAAUACCCCAAGGCCACCUCCGUCGAGGAGCUCUCCGAGGCCACCGCUCUUUUCUCCGUCGUCGGAAUGAGUUGCGCUGCCUGCGCCGGAUCCGUCGAGAAGGGCGUGAAGCGCCUCCCGGGGAUCCGCGAAGCCAUGGUGGACGUCCUCAACAACCGCGCCCACGUCAUCUUCUACCCCUCCUUCGUCAACGAAGAAAUGAUCCGCGAGGCCAUCGAAAACGCGGGUUUCGAAGCGGCGUUACUGAGCCACGACGACUCCGUUCAAGUGUGCCGCAUCCAAAUCAAAGGCAUGACCUGCACCACCUGCUCCUCCUCCCUCGAAUCGGCUCUUCACGCCACUCAAGGCGUCCUCCAGGCCCACGUGGGCCUGGCCACGGAAGAGGCCCAAGUCCAGUACAACCCAAACCUCCUGAGCCACAACCACAUUCUCCAAGUCAUCCAAGACGCCGGAUUCCAACCCACGCUCAUCACGUCUAGCGAAGACUUAAGCAAAAUAGACCUCCACGUGGAACCCGCCUUAGCCCACCACCCCUCCACCAAACUCAUCCAGGAUUCCCUGCAGGCACUCCCAGGUGUCCUUGCGGUGGACAUCACCCCCGAGUUUAACAAAAUUUCCGUUUCUUACAAACCUGACAUAACCGGACCCAGAGUUUUCAUCAACCUCGUUAACCAAACCGCCAAUUUCAAGGCCAAAAUAUAUCCUACACAAGAAGGACAACGAGACUCUCACAGACGCCACGAAACGAGACGUUAUUACAAGUCUUUCUUAUGGAGCUUGCUCUUUACUAUUCCAGUGUUUCUAACCUCCAUGGUGUUUAUGUAUGUCCCUCCAGUUAAGAACUUGCUUGAGGCCAAAAUUGUCAACAUGCUCACGGUGGGGGAGGUUGCACGGUGGGUGCUGGCCACGCCGGUUCAGUUUGUUCUCGGCUGGCGCUUUUACUACGGUUCGUACAAGGCGCUACGCCGUGGCUCUGCCAACAUGGAUGUUCUCAUUGCGUUGGGAACAAACGCCGCGUAUUUCUACUCGGUGUACUCUGUCGUGAGAGCUGCUACUUCUCGAGACUUGGAGGGGAAUGAUUUCUUUGAGACCAGUGCGAUGCUGAUUUCGUUCAUUCUGCUUGGCAAGUAUCUGGAGAUUCUGGCCAAGGGGAAGACUUCCGAUGCGAUUGCCAAGCUCAUGAACUUGGCGCCGGACACGGCGGUUUUGCUGAGCGUGGACGCGGAUGGGAACGUUGUGGGGGAGGAGGAGAUGGAUGGGAGGUUGGUGCAGAAGGGUGAUGUGAUCAAGGUUGUUCCUGGGGCCAAAGUGGCUUCGGAUGGGUUUGUUGUGUGGGGGCAGAGUCACGUGAAUGAGAGCAUGAUAACGGGGGAGGCGCGUCCUGUCGCCAAGAGGAAAGGGGAUGUUGUUAUUGGAGGGACUGUCAAUGAGAAUGGUGUUUUGCAUGUCAAGGCUACCAGGGUGGGAUCGGAGAGUGCUCUUUCGCAGAUUGUGCGCCUUGUUGAGUCUGCUCAGAUGGCCAAGGCUCCUGUGCAGAAGUUUGCUGAUCGCAUUUCCAAAUACUUUGUGCCUCUCGUGAUCGUGAUCUCGCUUACUACUUGGCUGGCUUGGUUUUUGGCUGGAAGAUUUCAUGCUUACCCCAAGUCUUGGAUACCGUCUUCCAUGGAUAGCUUUGAGCUUGCUUUGCAGUUUGGCAUAUCUGUCAUGGUCAUAGCCUGCCCUUGUGCUUUGGGUUUGGCGACGCCAACUGCUGUUAUGGUUGGCACUGGAGUUGGUGCAUCUCAGGGUGUGCUCAUCAAAGGAGGGCAAGCGUUAGAAAGUGCACAUAAGGUAAAUUGCAUUGUUUUUGAUAAGACGGGUACUCUCACUGUUGGGAAACCUAUGAUAGUGAGAACAAAUCUAUUGACAAAAAUGGUGCUCCAAGAAUUCUAUGAACUUGUGGCUGCAGCUGAGGUUAAUAGUGAGCACCCACUGGCUAAGGCCAUUGUUGAGUAUGCCAAAAGAUUUAGAGAUGAAGAGAACCCUUCUUGGCCAGAAGCACGGGAUUUUGUUUCCAUCACAGGACAUGGAGUAAAGGCCACUGUUCAUAACAAGGAAAUAAUUGUGGGCAAUAAGAGUUUGUUGGCUGAUCAUAACAUUGAAAUUCCUGUUGAUGCCAAAGAUAUGCUUGCCGAGGCCGAAAAAAUGGCUCAAACAGGAAUUUUGGUAUCUAUAAAUGGUAAAGUAGCCGGAGUUUUAGCAGUAUCUGAUCCAUUGAAACCAGGUGCUCAAGAAGUCAUUUCCAUUCUCAAGUCCAUGAAAAUCAAGUGCAUCAUGGUAACUGGGGACAACUUUGGAACUGCUAGUUCUAUUGCGAGGCAAGUAGGAAUUGAAAGUGUUAUUGCUGAGGCCAAACCGGAUCAGAAAGCAGAGAAAGUGAAAGAAUUGCAGGCUUCUGGGUACACUGUGGCUAUGGUGGGAGAUGGUAUCAAUGAUUCACCUGCACUUGUAGCAGCAGAUGUGGGAAUGGCAAUAGGUGCUGGUACAGACAUUGCUAUUGAGGCUGCUGAUGUUGUCCUCAUGAAGAGCAACUUGGAGGAUGUCAUAACUGCCAUUGACCUUUCCAGAAAAACAUUUUCCCGCAUUCGCCUCAAUUACUUUUGGGCUCUGGGUUAUAACAUAUUGGGAAUCCCAAUUGCUGCUGGAGCUCUUUUCCCCUCCACAAGGUUUCGAUUGCCACCUUGGAUUGCUGGGGCUGCCAUGGCUGCCUCCUCUGUCAGCGUCGUUUGCUGUUCUCUGUUGUUGAAAUAUUACAGGAGACCCAGGAAGCUGGACAACCUUGAGAUACGAAGCAUAAGGAUCGAGUCAGACUGAUAUGAUGCAUCACGAUUGAUGGUUUUGCUUUAGCCAAUUUUUCAUGUAUAUAAGUGUUAUAUUGUGAUGAUUUAGUUUUGUGUACAAAAGUGGAAAGCUCUUUUCUUCUUUUCCUUGUAAAACUCAGUCUUUUGCACAAUUAAAUGUACUUGUUUCUAAAAUUUACAAAUUUGCUGAAACGAAGCUAUG